UACCAAUGCUGUGGCCUAUUUAUGGUCUUUGAGAAACAAACCAUCUUGCACCCAAAAUCUCUAACACUGCCUGACUUUUCUUAAUAAAAGAAGCUCCAUUCCUGACAUGGCUUCUCAUUUGCAAAUUUAAAUCAUCACUAAUUUUAUAGUCAAUUAACUGGGUUUAUUUAGAUCAGGUGGUAUUAUUAUUAUUAUUAUUAUUAUAACCAUAAGAAUUAAACUAUUAAUGGUGAAUAGUGUUUCUCACUUUAACUUAGGCCUAUCCCACUGGUGGGAUACAUGCCAACACCAAGGAAAAGUUAGUCAUGUGGUUUUCAGAAGAUGAAAGCUUACGAUAAAGACUGAGAGUGUUUGAUGCUGGGGGUGGGAGUGGUAUUAUAUAGGUCUUAGCCAAAACAUGUGAUCAUCACUGAAGGGUUAGCUGGAAAGAGAAGUGUGUGGCUCAGUUAACCAGCUCAGGCAGACCUUGUGAGAACUAGAGGAAGAAUGCUCCUGGCUGCUUUGUACUGCCUGCUGUGGACUUUCCAGACCUCUGCUGGCCAUUUCCCUCGAGCCUGUGCCUCCUCUAAGAACCUGAUGGAGAAGGAAUGCUGCCCACCAUGGGAGGGUGACGGGAGUCCCUGUGGACUGCUUUCAGGCCGGGGUUCCUGCCAGGACAUCAUUCUGUCCAAGGCACCACUUGGACCUCAGUUCCCCUUCGCAGGGGUGGACGACCGGGAGUCUUGGCCCUCCGUCUUUUAUAAUCGGACCUGCCAGUGCUUUGGCAACUUCAUGGGAUUCAAUUGUGGAAAUUGUAAGUUUGGCUUUUGGGGACCCACCUGCACAGAGAGACGACUUUUGGUGAGAAGAAACAUCUUUGAUUUGAGUGUCCCAGAGAAGAACAAAUUUCUUGCCUACCUCACUUUAGCGAAACAUACUACCAGCGCAGACUAUGUCAUCCCCACAGGCACCUAUGGCCAAAUGAAUAAUGGAUCAACACCUCUGUUUAAUGACAUCAACGUUUAUGACCUCUUUGUCUGGAUGCAUUAUUAUGUGUCAAGGGAUGCACUACUUGGGGGCUCUGAAAUCUGGAGAGACAUUGAUUUUGCUCAUGAAGCACCAGGUUUCCUGCCUUGGCAUAGACUCUUCUUGCUGCUGUGGGAAAAAGAAAUCCAGAAGCUGACAGGGGAUGAGAACUUCACUAUUCCAUACUGGGAUUGGCGAGAUGCAGAAAAUUGUGACAUUUGCACAGAUGAGUACAUGGGAGGGCGCAACCCUGCAAACCCUAAUCUACUCAGCCCAGCAUCUCUCUUCUCCUCUUGGCAGGUAAGAUGUGCUGGACAUACAAUAUCAGAGCAUAAAAGAACCGUAGCAAUCACUUCUUCUGGAAGCUCUUCAUAA